AACGACCAUGAAUGGUCCCAUGACAAUGAUGUAGUGAUGGCCAUUCAUGGCCAUGAACAGCUCCAUAUCAUGGAUGUUGAUGUUAAGCAUGACCAUGAUCAACCAUCACCUCAUGUGGACCACAUGGAUCACCCUUCACUAAACGUGUUCUUCAAGAUAGAGGACUUAGAGAUGAGGGGAAAGGAAAUGCUUAUCUACUUUCCAAACAGAGAUUUCUCAUCAUCUACUCCUUUCUUUCCAAAGGAAAAGGCCAACACAAUACCAUUUUCAUCCACCCAACUCCCAUUUCUCCUUGAGAUGUUCUCCUUUCGAAAGGACUCUCCCCAAGCUCAAGCCAUGCAAGAUACCCUUAGACAAUGUGGACUCCCACCCAUUAAAGGUGAAAAAAAGAUAUCUGCAACAUCUCUAGAAUCCAUGCUCGACUUCACACGUGCCAUCUUCGGCAUGGGGUCCCACUUCCAGAUCCUGGCCACAGCCCACUGUAAAAAAUCGACACCCACAUCACAAAAUCCCCUCCUACAGAAGUAUAUCAUCUUGGAAGUGCCCCAAGAGAUAUCAGCUCCUAGUAUGGUGGCAUGCCAAACCAUGCCUUACCCUUAUGUGGUUUUCUACUGUCACCAACAUGUAAGCAAGAGCAAGGUCUUCAUAGUUUCAUUGGAAGGUGAGGAUGGAGAUAAGGUGGAUGCCGUUGCUGUUUGCCACUUGGACACAUCCGACUGGGCCCACAACCAUGUAUCAUUUCGUGUGCUUGGGAUCAAACCAGGCACAGUUCCAGUAUGCCAUUUCUUCCCUGAGGAUCAUCUGGUCUUGGUUCCUACUCUUGCUUCAAUCUAGCCAUGUAUUUCAUAUUUGUGUUUGUUGUGGUACUCUAAGAGGGAGAU